AUGACCGGACUUCGAGUCAACGGCGUAUUCAAGGCAUAUGUGGUGGUCCCCAUGACGACGCCUAUGGCCACAGGUAAUUGCAGCGACAGCUCUUCAAGUGAAGGAAUACGUCAGCAGUAUGACUACGUUGUUGUCGGUGGCGGCACGUCUGGCCUAGUAAUUGCCAUUUGCUUGACCGAGAACACUCCAUCAGUGUCCUUGUUCUCGAAGCUGGAGCCAACCGUGUCAAUGAUCCCAGAAUUGCCGCUCCUGGCCUUGUGGCGAUCACUUACUUCGAUUAUUACUUCGAUUGGUGUAUUACCACUCCAACCAGGCCAGUCGCAAUCCGAAGGCAUGUUCCUCUUAACUGACUAUCGUGUGCAUAUAGGAACAUAUGAAUGGAUGAUGUCUCGCUGA